CUUAGUGGGAUCCACAAGAAAUUUGAGCACCAAACCUUCUUGCAUGCGUGACAAAUUUAUGGUUUUGCUGCAAAUUCGUGGGUGUUUGUUGGUCUUCACGGGCUCUCCUACUCUAGAAUCCCAAGUGACUGACAGCAGCAAUGAUACUCAAGUCCACUUGCCUUCGUUUAGCAGAGAAAAAACCAAGCUGCAUGCCAGUCUUUUUCUGUCAAUAUCUGAUUUUGUUUGCACUUCCUUUGGCCUAUUCAUUCAUUUAGUCACAUGUGUUAUGGUACUUGUCUUCUAAGUACAAGCGGUGGAGAAGAGUGUUACUUGUAUUCAGAGAUGUUUCUGUUCACUUCUCAGGACUGAAAGAGUUUUUCCCCUGCAUCAACAUGUCAAUGAAGGAGGCUCAAUUGCUCUAGAAACACCAGGAGCCCAUAAAAUUGGUGAUUGGAGUUUGGGCUGCUAAAGUGAGCGUAUGCCUGGAAACCAGGACAACGGUAAUUCCAUCCAUAACUCAGGUCGUGUCGGACGGCUCUUAAAACUAAGAGAGCUAAGGCGAAACAUCAGGUCUGCCUAUUCAAAUGAGUUAACUGAUAAUCAUAGAGGAACUGAACCAUGUGAAUAUGAUCUACGAGCGCGGGAAGGUGACAGCUUGAACAAUUCCUUUAUCGAACAAUUCUUGGAAGGGGCUAUUGCGCAGGGAUGUGAAAAGCCAGAUGCCAGGCCUUUAAGGCAACGCCUAUUGGUGGUAGCUAACAGACUGCCUGUAUCUGCUGUUAGAAGAGGUGAAGACUCAUGGUCUUUGGAGAUGAGUGCUGGGGGCCUAGUCAGUGCUCUUCUAGGUGUGAAGGAGUUUGAGGCGAGAUGGAUUGGCUGGGCUGGGGUUAACGUGCCAGAUGAAGUUGGCCAGAAGUCGCUUACUAAAGCUUUGGCUGAAAAGAGGUGCAUUCCGGUAUUCCUUGAUGAAGAGAUUGUUCAUCAAUAUUAUAAUGGCUACUGCAACAAUAUACUGUGGCCUCUCUUUCAUUAUCUUGGGCUUCCACAAGAAGAUCGACUCGCCACAACCAGAAGUUUCCAGUCUCAGUUUGCUGCAUAUAAGAAGGCAAAUCAAAUGUUUGCUGAUGUGGUUCACCAGCAUUAUGAGGAGGGUGAUGUUGUCUGGUGCCAUGAUUACCAUUUGAUGUUUCUCCCAAAAUGCCUGAAGGAAUACAACAAUAAUAUGAAAGUUGGUUGGUUUCUCCAUACACCCUUUCCUUCUUCUGAAAUCCACAGGACACUGCCAUCUCGAUCAGACCUAUUACGUUCUGUUCUUGCUGCCGAUUUAGUUGGAUUUCACACCUAUGACUAUGCAAGACAUUUUGUUAGUGCUUGUACUCGCAUUCUUGGGCUAGAGGGCACACCUGAAGGCGUUGAGGAUCAAGGGAGGCUGACACGAGUUGCUGCGUUUCCAAUCGGGAUAGACUCAGAUCGGUUCAUAAGAGCUCUUGAACUCCCUCAAGUCCAGGAUCACAUUAAAGAACUGAAGGAAAGAUUUGCUGGCCGAAAGGUGAUGCUAGGUGUUGACCGCCUUGAUAUGAUUAAAGGAAUUCCACAGAAGAUUCUUGCUUUUGAAAAAUUUCUCGAGGAGAAUUCUCACUGGCGUGAUAAAGUUGUUCUACUGCAAAUUGCUGUGCCAACAAGAACAGAUGUUCCUGAGUAUCAAAAGUUGACGAGCCAGGUUCAUGAAAUUGUUGGACGCAUUAAUGGCAGAUUUGGAACAUUAACUGCUGUUCCAAUACAUCACCUGGAUCGAUCUCUCGACUUCCACGCCUUGUGUGCAUUAUAUGCAGUUACUGAUGUUGCUCUUGUUACUUCUUUGAGGGAUGGAAUGAAUCUUGUCAGUUAUGAGUUUGUAGCAUGCCAAGAUUCAAAGAAGGGUGUGCUCAUUCUUAGUGAGUUUGCAGGUGCAGCCCAAUCCUUGGGUGCUGGAGCAAUCCUUGUGAACCCUUGGAACAUCACUGAAGUUGCUGAUUCAAUACGCCAAGCUCUAACUAUGUUACCUGAAGAAAGAGAGAAGCGACACCGGCACAACUUUGUCCAUGUGACAACCCACACUGCUCAAGAAUGGGCUGAAACUUUUGUGAGCGAACUAAAUGAUACAGUUAUCGAGGCACAGCUAAGGACCCGGCAAGUGCCACCUUCACUUCCAGAAGAUAAUGCAAUUAGAUGUUAUUUGCAGUCUACUAACCGGUUGCUCAUACUGGGAUUCAAUGCAACAUUGACUGAGCCAGUGGACACUCCUGGGAGAAGAGCUGAUCAAAUUAAGGAAAUGGAACUUAAAUUGCACCCAGAGUUAAAAGAAGCACUGACAGCACUUUGCAGUGAUCGAAAUAACACCGUUGUUGUUCUCAGUGGGAGUGACAGAAAAGCAUUAGACAAAAACUUUGGAGAGUAUGACAUGUGGUUGGCAGCAGAACAUGGAAUGUUUUUGCGACUUACAAAGGGAGAUUGGAUGACAGCAAUGCCUGAACACUUAAAUAUGGAAUGGGUUGACAGUGUGAAGCAUGUUUUUGAGUACUUCACAGAACGUACACCCCGGUCACAUUUUGAACUCCGUGAAACAUUACUUGUAUGGAAUUACAAGUAUGCAGAUGUUGAAUUUGGAAGGCUUCAAGCAAGGGAUAUGUUGCAACACCUCUGGACAGGCCCAAUUUCAAAUGCCUCUGUUGAUGUGGUCCAAGGGAGUCGAUCAGUUGAGGUUCGAUCGGUUGGUGUUACAAAGGGUGCUGCUAUUGAUCGUAUACUGGGAGAGAUUGUCCACAGUAAAUCCAUGACAACACCAAUUGAUUAUGUCCUAUGCAUUGGCCAUUUUCUGGGAAAGGAUGAAGAUGUGUACACCUUCUUUGAGCCAGAGCUCCCUUCUGAUGGCCUAGUUGCUGCAAGAACAAAGCAAAAUGAUGGACCAAAAUUACCCAAUGAAAGACGACCUCCUAUGAAGCUUCCAGCCAGUAGAAGCGGGCCAAAAUCAUCUCAAGGUAAGGCACAACGUGCUUUAAUAAAUCCCGAGAAGGGAACUCCUAACCACAGCUGUGGGAAUUCGCGACGGUCAUCAGCAGAAAAGACUUCAUGGAACGUGCUUGAUCUCAAGGGAGAUAACUACUUCUCCUGUGCUGUUGGUCGAACUCGUACCAAUGCUCGCUAUCUACUGGGAUCAUCAGAUGAUGUCGUGUCCUUCCUAAGGAGACUAGCCAAUGCAUCCACGUGAGACACAUAGUGUUGAAGUCGAUAAAAUGUCUCGCUCCUGCCAAUUGCAGUGCAUAUAUGCAAAGUUCAAGAACCAGGUCUGGUUUUUGAAGGCAAGCAUGGUGAGGCAACUUUAAAGGUCUGAAUGUUGUUGUAACAUCACUAGUUAGCCUAGAAUACUUGAGGAAGUGAAUUCAGUGAUGGAAUCAAACCUGAGCCUAACAUUACCAGAGGCAUCAAACCAAUAACCAAAAGAGAGAGAGAGACGAGAAGAGAGAGCAGCAAACCAUUGCACUGACCUUUGUUGAAAGAUUGAGGAAGUGAAUUCUUGAAGCCUUGAUUUCUUCAUUUCCGUUCUUUUGCAUGUAUCGUUGCUGAUGUUUAUUUUUGGUGUAAAAUGUGAAGAACUAAUGGUAAAAAAACAAAACGGAGUUUUUCUGUUA